AGGAGAAUGGCGGGGGUUUGUUGAUAGUUUCAUUUCUUUCUAAUGCUUAAAGAAACCCACUCACUACAUUGUGAUAAGAAUCUACUGAAAUGAAGCCGAUAGUUCUGCGUUACAAUCUUUGUUUUAGUGUUCUAGAUUGUUAUUUCUUGAAAAAACAACUCGGGACGAAAGCCUUUAGUCAGAAAUACGGAUAGCCGGUUCGAUCAAACAGACACCAUCUGUACAGGUAACACCAUUAGCUUUGUAAAUGCUGUAUGGAACUAAUGCAGCUCCAUUUUGUUUGUGAGCCAUGUGGAGUGAUUAUCAUUAGACACUACAGAGUAUGGAUACAGUGAAAGCCAAAUUAAAACACUUACAGAAUGAAGUGACUGAUCUUCUGGAGUCCCUUCAGGAUGGAGAUAACUCUACUGCAGUUUGCAGCAGUAUCACAAGUAAUGACUGUCAUGCAUAUAUGGACAAAGUAACAUUGUACUUCAACAAACUACGUGAUGCUGUACACCAGCAAGUUCAUAAUGGCCCCACCUCCACACAAGCUCUCAGCUAUAAAGCGCAGAGGAACAGGGCUACUGAAACUGAUGGCGAAAUAGAAGAUGAUUUUGAUUAUGACUCCUCGGGCAGUACUGUAUGCAUUGAAUUAUCGAUUAAAGAGGAAGAGGAAGACAACUUUGAAGAUGGUGUGGAAGAUAUCGAGUCUGGAUUAAACAUGUCUGAAGAGAUGUUUGGAGAUUCUUUUGUUGGAGAUGGAGACGCUAAAAAUAAUAGUGUGAAUGGUGAGCUGGAUGCAGGAGAUGGUUUGGGUGGUGGAGAUGAUGAUGAGGAGGACUUUGGAGAUGAUUUUGAUGAUGACAUGUUACAGCAAAUUGAAGCUGCUGAGAAAAGUUACAAUGAUGAAAAGGAGUUCAACUUGCAGGAGGAGGGGGAGGAGGACUGGGACCCUGAGAACCAGCCCACUGACCCCAGAUACAGAGAAGUGCUCAAGCAAUACUUUGGCUACUCAAAAUUCAGACCAAUGCAGUGGAAAAUCAUCAAUUCUGUCUUGAAUGAUAAGAGGGAUAAUUGUGUCAUUAUGGCAACAGGGUAUGGCAAAAGUCUAAUCUACCAGUACCCCUCCCUGUACACUGGCCGAGUCACAGUGGUCAUUUCACCCCUGAUAUCUCUAAUGGAAGACCAGGUGCUUGGCCUGAGUGUAGUGAAUAUCAAGGCCUGCUUCCUAGGCUCAGCCCAAGAGAACACUAGAAAGGUUUUACAAGGGUUAUUGAAUGGUGAAUAUAGAAUAUUGUACAUAACUCCGGAGUUUGCCUCAACAGCACAGGAUGCCCUUACAGACCUGCAUAACAAAGUUGGCAUAGACCUGGUGGCCAUUGAUGAGGCUCACUGUGUCUCCCAGUGGGGGCAUGACUUCAGGUCUUCCUACAGAUCCCUGGGAAGCAUAAGGCUACUUCUGAAGGAUGUCCCUGUUGUUGCUUUAACAGCCACUGCCACACCGGAAGUGAGAAAAGACAUCUGUCGCUCUCUUAAGUUGAAAAAUCCAAUAGUGACGUGUACAGGAUUUGACAGACCAAACCUGUUCCUGGCAGUCACCAUGAAGUCCAAAGAUGUGGCCCAAGACUUGAGGUCACUGAUGGUCAAAGAGGGCAAAAACCACCAUUUUGAUGGUGCCACUAUCAUUUACUGUCCUACCAAGAAAGCUACAGAAGAAGUUGCUAGGACCUUACAAGGAAUGGGAUUGGACUGUGUGUAUUACCACGCAGGAUUGGAUAUCAAAGUGAGGAAGGAGCGACACAGGAAGUUUGUCACAGAUCAAGUACAGGUUAUUGUGGCAACUGUGGCUUUUGGGAUGGGAAUAGAUAAGCCAGAUGUGAGAAAUAUUAUCCAUUAUGGUGCUCCCAAAGACAUCGAGUCUUACUACCAGGAGAUAGGCCGAGCAGGAAGAGAUGGGGGACCCAGUUCCUGCCACGCUUUCUACAGUAGACAGGAUUUUAAUACAAACAGGUUUUUGCUACGAGAUCUGAAGAAUGCUACUUUCAAGGAACACAAGCUAAGCAUGUUGGGUAAAAUGGAGCAGUAUCUGGCUACCGCUGGGUGCCGCAGAAAUGCCUUGAUCAGCCAUUUUGAGCAGAAGGCAUACAAGAGUUCAGUGGAGGGGACAGAGGACUGCUGUGAUAACUGUAGAAGAAGACUUAGGAACAAGGCACAAGGAAUAAUAUCAGUGGUAAAAACAGAUAUGUCAAAAGAAGCCAAGGACUUGUUGACUGCAAUACAGAUAACAGGUGAGAAAUGUGGGAUUACAACUCCCAUCCUCUUCCUCCGUGGCUCCAGCAGCAAGAAGCUUUCUAAUUACUAUACAAGCAGGCCAGAAUUUGGGAUGGGGAAAUACAGAACAGAAAAUUGGUGGAAAGCCUUUGCUCGCCAGUUAGUUACAGAGGGCUACCUGGUUGAGAAAGUGCUGCAGGCUACCAGUUUUACCUACACCGCCAUGGAGUUGUCAUGUAAAGCCAGGGAUUGGCUCUCACAUGCUGUUGUCAGUGGGUCAAAUGGACCCAAACUGAUGAUUGAGCCAAACAUGGAAGUGGUUACUUAUGAAAAGGAGAAGGAAAAGGAAUGCAUUCCCAAGCCCAGGAUCCUUCCCAUGGUUCCAACAGGAACAUGGCUGUCCAGUCGUGACCUUGGCUUGACCCCUGUUGCUAGGGCAACUGUGCAAAUAGAUCCCAGGGAACAAAAGUUGCAGGGUGAGUUGUACGCAAUGCUGUUGACUCUGAGGAAUCAAAUAGCGCAUUCUGAGGUAGACAUAGCACCCUACAUGAUUGCCAAUAACAAGAACCUUGCUGACAUGGCCAAGAUAAGACCUUGCUCACUAGAGAGCCUAAAGAAAUUAGAAGACUACCCAGAGACAAAGGUUGAAAAGUAUGGACCAAAGUUUAUUGCCAAGCUUCAGGAGUUCUGUGAUGCAAAUAAUGCCAAGAAAGAUGUUUUUCCCGAAGAGGUUAAUAGCAGUAGUUUAACAGGAGGGAUGAAGUGGGAUCCCAAGUAUGACAGGCUUGCUGAGAAAUUGUCAGAAACUGUGAGGACAUCGUAUAUGAUGUUUGAAGGGGAGGGAUGGAACCUUGACAAAAUCAGCAACACGAGGGGCCUUAAAGUGACCACAGUGGAGGGUCACCUGGCUGAAGCUAUCCGAGUGGGACUACCAGUGGACAUUGAACGCGUUGGCAUCACGUCCAAAGUCCACAACAUGAUUUGUGAGGCAAUACGGUCCCCUCCUGUCAACUCAGACAUCUCCAAGUUGAGUCCCAUCAAGGACCAGUUACCGGACUAUAUCUCCUUUGCACAAAUCAAGAUUGUUGUUGCCAUUUUACAGCACCAGUUUGGAAUGUCUGCUGACACUGACAGUGGUGACACUUGGAGUGACACGGCCAGUAAAGCUCAGCUGUCAAGAUCAUAUUCAGAUAGUGCUUCCACCUAUAAACCUGCAGGCCUUUCAGCUGGUGCUGCCACCUUUAAACCUGCAGGUUCCUCAGCUGGUGCUGGACAGGGGGCUGAGAACAGCAAGCGUAAACUUCCAAGUUGGAUGUCUUCAUCCCAAAAGCCAAAAAUGAAAAAAAUGAAAUCAAAUAGCCUUUUCAGUUGAACAAAUUUCAGCCUAUAGCAGAUGACUUUCACAGAUAUUUUAAAAUGCUUACCAGGAUUUGACAUAUCAAAAGGCUGUUUACAUUGUUCGUUUGAACUAUAUAUUUUUCUGUUUGUUAUACAUAGUACUAGUAUUGCAUUUUUGUUAGAAUAAGACUAUGACAGUGAUGAACUGAAAAUGAUUAAAGCAACAAAAUGAAUGCAUUACGUUUGUGGAGAAUUUUUUUUUGUGUGUGUGUGUGUGUGUGUGUGUGUGUGUGUGUGAACAUUUGUUUUUUAUAUCUGUUUGUCUAUUUUUAUUGAUGUUUCAUAUCUUCAUUUACUUAUCAGCCUUUCAUUGCAUUAAAAUUAAACAAACCAUCAUUCAUGUUAAGUUUACAGUAUUAUGGUGUAAGUUUCUGCUAACUUAAUUCAAAGAAAAACUUAAAAUGGCAUAUGAAGUUGAAUCUUGUUACUCCUAUUCUUUGUUUCUUUUCACAAAAUAGUAUAUAGGUAGUCCCACCCUAUCUAUAGAG